UAAGUUAAGUCUGUUUUAGAGGUACACCCACCGCCGAGAUGUUGGACCUGUACAGGCGCACGGUGGCGCGAUUUCCGCUGGGCAGCGUCAGCUACAUGUUCGCCUACGGAUCCGGCGUGAAGCAGCAGGAGGGCUAUGAAAGCCUGUCCACUGGAAAUGGCUAUCGUCCGGCGCCGGGAAGCGUUGUGGAUCUGGUCUUUUGCGUGCGGGACGCUCAGGGCUUCCAUGCCGAGAACCUGCACCGCCAUCCGGAACACUACUCCGCUUUGAGGCACCUGGGAGCGGGCUUUGUGGCCAAGUACCAGGAGCGUUUGGGUGCGGGCGUCUAUUGCAACACUCUGGUGCCGCUGGCGGAUGUGGGUCUCACCAUAAAGUACGGCGUGGUGUCGCAGGAACAGCUGCUGGAGGAUCUGCUGGACUGGCGGCAUCUAUACCUCGCCGGCAGGCUGCACAAACCGGUGACGAAUCUAGUCAAUCCCAGCGAUAAUCCUCCCCUGAAGGCCGCGCUGGACAGGAACCUUUUGUCCGCCCUGCAAGUGGCUCUGCUGCUGCUGCCGGAAAAGUUCACCGCCUACGCGCUGUUCCACACCAUCGCCGGGCUGAGUUACAAGGGGGAUUUCCGCAUGAUCUUCGGGGAGAACAAGCAGAAGGUGCACAACAUCGUUAAUCCGCAAAUCAACGACUUCUUUGCCCUGUACCAACCCUCUUUGGGCCAACUCUCCCAGUGCGUGGCCGUCAAUAUGAAGGGCCAGGAACCAGGAAGCCGGAAGCCAGCCAUACUCUUCGAGCAGGACAAAUCCUCGUCGGCCACGUCGCAACACCUGCGACAGUUGCCCGCGGAGCUCAAGAAACGGCUGGAGCGGAAUGCCGCCUGUAAGGGUGACUACGCCGAGGUGGUGGACCAUCUUUCGGUGGCCUCACAGCUGCCCGAGGUCCUGCAGGCCUCCGUGAACGACAUCGUGUGGCGCAGCAGUGUCGCGCAAUCGAUCAAAAACAUUGCCAGUGCCGGCGUUCUCAAGUCCCUGGUCUACAGCUAUCGCAAGGCUCAGAAAACCUUCGCUGUUUAGGUUUCUUUUCGGGGUAAUCCAAUCCAAUCCCCUGGCUGCCAAUCUACCGACUAAGUUGCCCCCUCCAGCUGCAUUUCGUUACAUAAUUCUAAGCUUUAAAGUUGUUAACUGCAAUAUACGUUUAGUCCAAGCCAAAGAA